GGUUGGCAGACUAGGGCGCUAUACUGUGAGGAUUGCGCAUUAAGGACUUUUGCAAUAGGCCAAGACCACGAACGAUUGUAGUGCCUAUAAGUACAUAUGCAUAAUUUUUAUUAAAGGACUCGAGAUCGAUUGAUUGGAUACAUAGGUUUUGGAGACUUUGAACUAUCCGAAUUCUUUCGACUCCUUGAAAUGGUUUUGAUUAUGCUGAAUUGCACUACCACCAGAAUAUCUCAAAAAAGACAAAGAGUUCGUGAGUCAAUUGGAACGUUGGAAUCGGAAAUAACACUUGAGCCACCUUAAACCUACCCAAAUAAACGAUUAACUAGUGGACGGAACCAUCAUAUUACAGUAACAACUUGCCCUGCUUGACCACCAAUGUUUGUUUUGCCGCCAUGUUUAGAUACACAACCAACUACAGUACGCAAACAAUUCUUUCUCUGAUGUAACAAUCACAACUCACUAUCCGGCACGCACCACAUGUGCCCACUAUCUACGGUGGAAGCUUAUGUUUCUGCGCCUGUUGCUGUUUUUUUUAAAUCGUGGAAGUUAUGAACAAUCCAAAAGCAAGUAAGAGAAAAUUUGCCUUGAAGCACGCAUUUUCCAUCCAGUUCGUGAUAUCUUUCGCUAGCAGUCUGCCAAACCAGCGGUUCAUAUAUAAACGAGUUAAACCACAGUCUCUACAGUACAGCUCCACUCGUGAAGCAAAUAGCAAGGUACAGCAACAUGAACUUCUUCAUCGUUUCGGCAAUUGUCUUGGUGGCCAUCAUUGGCUCCAUCCAAGCUGAGCAUGAACCGCUGCCGCACUAUUUCAUGCUGAAGAGCUUCCCAGAGGCUCAGGCUGAGUGUGCCGUCUACCUGCGGUUGCCACACGAUCGUCUUCAACGCUACAUGCGCGAAGGAUACCCCGACGAGCCGGAAGUGCACUGUCUGGUGCUGUGCGUCCUCGAGAACCUGCGCGCCUGGGAGAACGGUACGCUCCAGGAGCAUGUGCUCGCCAACUACUUCGUCCCGGCCACGGAAGACUGUGACAACGCCAAGCGUACUGAGCGGUGCCUGGUACAUCUGCCCCAGGAGUGCAACGGAGAGCCAUGCGUCCAGGCGUACCGUGCCUUCCAGUGCUACUACCAGAACUACGGAACGCUGACUAGCUGCCCAGAGUACGUGCCGAGCUACUACGACGAGGACCUCCAGGAGGUGUACGAUGUUUUCCGCAUGAUGGAUACGUCGGAGGAGACUCGCAAGAAGCUGGCCGGUGGGUGUUUCCCGAGCGGACCCGAAUCGCAGUGCUUCUUCUACGCCUAUGUAACCCGUUUCGGAGCCUGGGCUAAGGGUGAGCCGCUCCUGCACAACCUCUACAUCCAGACCAACGAAGAUGCUUUCAAGAAGGACAACGCCGAGACUCAGGCCUGUUUGAAGAACCUGAACAAGCUUGCCUGUAACAAGAGCAAAUGCGAGCACGCCACCGAUGUGUUCGUUCAGUGUUUCGGCCAGACUAAGUUGUUCAAGUACCUCCUGUCUGUGUUCAAGGAUGGUGCCCUGACGUUCACCAAGCACUAAGAACUGUAACGACGUGAUGACGUUUUGUAUCGGACAAAAGAAUCAAUAAAUUGCUUUUAAUUGAAUGAAUUGAAAUUCCUCUUGUGUACUUCGUAUUGUGAUAAUUGUGAUAUAAACUGCAUCACAAUGAUUCUAGUUACAUCGUCUUCACACGGUAGGACCGGUGUUCGAAUCCCAUCCGGAUAUGCCAUAAAUGACAGGCAUGAUCUUAAGAGGUCGUUAGGCCAGAGAAGAUUAAUAAGAAGAUAGAUACUGGAUACUAAACACUAAUUUAUUUGCGGACGCUGCACUAGAUCACUUCGUGGUCUACAUUUGGCGCAUAAGUCUUCGAUGCCCCUCGUUGUCUGUCAAUACAAUAUCCAGGCGUUCUUGGCCAGACGCACAACAUCAUAACUCCAUCUCAUCUUUGGACCUACCACCUACCUGAUUUAUUCUAAAAGUCUACUCACUGGGUCGUCCGAUGUCAUUUUUAUGACAUGAUCAACUCACCUGAUGUCUGAGUCUCGGUUGCCGAAGAAUUGGAGCGGUAACUGUACAGCUGGAUACCAAACAUCCUUCUGCGCAUCUAUUUCUUGGAUGUGGGUUUGCAGAAGAAUUUCGUUAGUUAUGGACAAAGCCAAUAAGUCUCAAAGGCAUAUGAGAGUAUCUUUUUCUCCUCUAUCAACAAGUCGCUCGGGACGACUAAGCAAUCCAGGGCCUUCCUGAGUUAUUCCGCUGGUAUGAGCAUGACCUAUUCAAUUACCUAUAAAAUUGCCAUAAAACAGGUAACUAGUGGUCAUCUCCUCUUCGUUGGCACUACAACCUAUAAAGGUCUCGGCCUGCCCUUUCUGGCUUUCUGUGACUUGAUUUGACCCGUAGCAAAGUAGUCAGUCCGGCGCACGGGGAGACAGUCUGGGUGAGAUUUGAACCCCGGUCCUGCCGCGUGAAGACCGGCGCCGUGAUCGCCUCGGUAAACGGACCCAAAUGUCCUAAACUAUAUCCUAAAAUAGUGAGUAUUGACUAUCCAACUACAUGGUAUUAUUAAGUCUUCUUCUUCUUCUUCCUUGACAUUACAACCUCGAGAGGUUUCGGCCU